CCCUCUUUACACUUUAUACCCAAUAUGUCUUCUUCUGACAAACCCAUUAAUUCAGAUGAUGAACAUUGCAAUCAAGAUCAAGAUUCCUCCAAAGUUCCUGAAUCCGAGCAACAAAAACAACCCGAGACCGAAACCAAAACAAAGGAUGAAACCCGAGUUUUCUACUGCAAAUUCUGCAGUAGAAAGUUCUCCAAUCUACAAGCAUUAGGAGGCCAUCAAAACGCCCAUAAACGAGAAAGAGAUAUUGCCAAAAGAGAGAAGGCCGCCGCCGCAGCAGCAGCCGCCGGUGGAAGAACGACGGACGCCUUUGAUUCAAUUGGCUCUUUUUACCAUCCUUACUAUUCAGCAAUGGCGAUUCACUGUCUGCGAAACAAAUCCCCUGGGAUUCCGAUUCGGCCCCAAUCGGUGAUUCGUAAACCGAGUCGGUCUCGAGUUGAAUUGGGCGGCGGCGCCACCGCUGCUGCCUAUGGAUACCGGUGGUGGCCGAGAGAACAGUACCUGGCGGCGGCGGUGGUGGCGCAACAGCAACAAAUACAAAGUGGGGGAUUGUUACAAGGCGUUAACAAUGGAUUUGCAUCCAUGGCUAUGGCGAAUAGAAACGCUUCUUCUUCUUCUUCUUCUUCGCAGAUUUUUGGUGCUGAUCAGUACAUUGUCAAUGGCCUUGAUUUAUCUCUCAAACUUUGA